GUUGCCUCCUCUCACGCUGUGUCCCAUCCAACAUCCCCUCCAAGAAGCCUGACAUCGAAUUAAGAUCUGUCUCCUUCCUCUGUCGUGGUGCCCAUAAAGACAGCCAGGCAAUCAUGAAAGUUCUCUUACUGAAAGACUCAAAGGAGGGCGACGGUGACCAAGAUCCUUACAUCAGGGAAUUAGCACUGCAUGGACUUCAGGGCACGUUGAUUCCUGUUUUGUCAUUUGAGUUCCUGUCUCUUUCCAGUCUCUCUGAGAAGCUGUCUCAUCCGGAAGAUUACGGGGGGCUCAUUUUCACCAGCCCCAGGGCCGUGGAAGCAGUGCAGCUGUGUCUGGAGAAAGACCACAAAACUGGAGUCUGGGAAAAGUCUCUGAAGGAAAGCUGGAACGCGAAGUCAGUGUAUGUGGUCGGAAACGCUACUGCUGCUCUAGUGAGUAAAAUUGGCCUGGAUGCAGAAGGAGAAAACUCUGGAAAUGCAGAAAAGCUUGGGGAGUACAUUUGUUCCCGAGAGCCGUCAACCCUGCCUCUUCUGUUUCCCUGCGGGACCAUCAAGGGGGAGAUGCUCCCGAAACUGCUCAAGGACAAAGGGAUUCCUAUGGAGAGCAUACAUGUCUACCAGACCGUUCCACAUGCGGGGAUCGGAGGGAACCUGGGCAGCUACUAUUCCAAGCAGGGUGUCCCAGCCGGCAUCACGUUCUUCAGUCCCUCUGGCCUGAAAUUCAGCCUCCGGCACAUUCAGGAGUUAUUGGGUGACCGCAUGGACCGCAUUCGGUUCGCGGCCAUCGGCCCCAGCACGGCCCGCGCCCUGGCCGCCGCGGGCCUGCCGGUGAGCUGCACGGCGGACAGCCCCACGCCGCAAGCCCUGGCCGCCGCCCUCGAGAAGGCGCUGCAGCUCCAAGGCCGCUCCUGAGCCGCGGGCCCGCGGCCCCUCCAGCCUCCCGGGCUCUGGGGAAGCUGCCACUGCCCAGCUCCUACCUGGAACCUCGGUGGAAGGAAGCACCGGGGUCAGCGAGCUCCGGCCUGGGCCCGGCACGCACCGCCCUUCCUCCGGGAAGGGCCCGCGGGGCACCCGGCUUCCGGCCCCUGCACCCUGGGAUCCAAUAAACCACACGGACGGCGCAUGCUCA